AUGGCGCUCGCGCGCGAGGCGGCCGAGAAAGGUGACCUGUCAGGCGCAGCAUCAAUCGUCGAGGACUGCCAGAAGAAGUUGUCGGAGAGUGUAUCGGCCAAGGCCAACGACGUGCUGAACGGCGCGCUCGUAGCCGAGUUGAAUGGAAUGCGAGAGAGAAUGGCCAGUAGAGUUCGGUACGAGAAAUCAGGGAGGGCAAUGUUGUGUUCUGGGAUGGAUUCACAUCUUAGGCAGAGACCGGGAGCAACUUGGUUAGAGCUCUUCAUGCCUAUCAAACCCCAAAACUGGCAGGCAUGGUUGCUCGGUCUAGAGCUUCACGCAAGAGGCGCAAGGCCAAAUCUACUGCUGCCAAGGCUUUAA